UCCUACAACAUGGUUUCUUCAGUUUUUGCGGAUAGACCACUCAAGAAACUUCUUCUGUUCGAUGUCGAUGGAACGCUCACUCCUGCUCGACAAGCUGCCUCACCCGAGAUGAUUCAAGUCUUGCGCGAGCUCAGGACAAAAAUUGUCAUUGGUUUCGUCGGAGGAUCUGAUCUAGCCAAAAUAUCAGAACAGUUGUCUGUCGAUGGAAGUAAUGUUGUCGAAGACUUUGACUAUGCCUUUGCUGAAAACGGUCUGACCGCUUACAAGUUGGGAAGUGCACUUCAGUCUCAGUCAUUCAUCAAGUAUGUCGGCGAAGACAAUUACAAGAAGCUCGUAAACUUUAUUCUCCACUAUCUCGCUGAUAUGGACGUUCCGGUGAAACGUGGUACUUUUGUUGAAUUCCGAAAAGGCAUGAUCAACGUCAGUCCUAUUGGACGCAAUGCCACGAAAGAGGAGCGUAAUGAAUUCGAAGCCUAUGACAAGAUUCACGGCCUACGAGCCGCAUUUGUUAAGGUCCUCCAGGAGAAGUUUGCCCAUUAUGACCUGACGUAUUCAAUUGGUGGUCAAAUCUCUUUUGAUAUUUUCCCCCGCGGCUGGGAUAAGACGUAUGCUCUUCGUCACGUCGAAGAUGAAGGCUUCGAAGAGAUCCAUUUCUUCGGAGACAAGACGUACAAGGGAGGAAAUGACUACGAAAUCUUCGCCGACUCCCGGACUAUUGGCCACACAGUUACCAGUCCUUCAGAUACCAUCCGCAUUUUGAAGGAUUUGAAUCUAGAUCUUUGAGAGCAUAGAUGAUCGAGCCGAAAUUAGACAGAAGGCAAAGGGAU